CCCAUAUGGAAGCCAUUUCAGCAUCUGCAGAGCAAUCAAUCGGACAACAUAACGGAAAAAAAGAAAUGAAAGAGAUGGAAGAAAUGAAAGUCGGUGUUAAAGGACUUGUAGAUUCUGGGGUGUUCAACAUACCAAAAGUCUUCGUAAACCCGCUGGAGAAAUCAUGCAACGCCGACGGUGUUAACCUCCAAGUACCCAUCAUCGAUUUUGCUGGCCUUGAAAGUGUUGGUGAUCGACGAACAAAGAUCGUGGAAGAAAUUCGAAAUGCUUCUGAAAUUUGA